AUGGCCCCCAGAUUCAAGGACGGUGAUGCCGUGGUCGCCAUCAACGGAAAAUGGAUUUCAUGGACUCACACUUUCUUCGCGUAUGCCGCCUUUUUCAGCGCGCUGAUAGUUGGCUGCGCGUUGCAUUAUCACAAGAUCGUUCAGAAUGAACACUACGGCUACCCCGACGAAUGGUUUCCCUCGGUCUCCGCGACGAUUGGUGAUCGCUAUCCCGAACGCUCGUUCUUCCAGGUUUUCAUCGCCAUCACCUCCGGUCCUCGCUUCGCCCUCGUUUUCCUGUGGUACGUGCUUACCGCGCGUCCGAACUCGUCUCUUCCUAAGAUUGUCGCUGGUGUGGGUGUCUUCCGCACCUUGACCUGUGGUGGAUGGACCUAUGUCACCUCCACUGAUGAUCAUGACUGGCAUGAUAUCUUCAUGAUCUCGUACCUUGUUGCGACUCUGCCGUGGACGCUGGGCUGCCUUGCUCUCAGCCCCAAUAACCGUCGGGCCGUCAAAUACCGCAAGAUCGUAGCAAGCCUUUUCUUCGGAACCUUGGUUCCAUUGAUCUACUAUUUCAUUCAACACAAGGUCCACAAGGUGGCUGGAGCAUACACCCGCUACGCCUUCUUCGAGUGGUCCCUGAUUUUGUUCGACGUGGGUUUCGAUGCCAUUACCGUGCUCGACUUUGAAGGAUUCGAAAUUGUGGUUCGGGAUAUCAAGGGUAUCAGCAGAGGGAAGGGCAAGACCGUGGGCAACACUUUUGGUGAGGGCUUUUUCUGGACCGAGGUCGUUGAUGCUGCCGCGGAUGUUUACAAUGGGUUCGUCUUCUGGACUAUUGUGACUGGUCUUCCUGUGCUUGUGUGGUACUUCCCUCUCUGGCACAUGGGUAUCUCGGGCUACGAGGUUGCCAUUGUUGCUGUCGUUUCGCCUUUCUUCUUCGCCAUUUCGUCUCUGCGGCAGCUCGCCGUCAGAAACUUGCGUCUCCUCCAUCUGAUUUCGCUGUCCGGUCUUCUGGCCUACAAGUUCCAGAACCCUGCUCACCGUCUGUUCGUGACUACUUUUUCUCUCGCGGUUACCUGUGCGGCAUGGACUGCUACCUUCUUUGCCGAGCGGGCUAACACGCCUCGCUUGGAGACCCGCAUCAUGGCUUGGGGCAUUGGCCUGAUCAUGUCCGUCAUUGCCAAGUUCGCUUGCUCCACCAACAAUCCCCUCUGGCCCGUCAUGCAUGUCGAGAAUGGUGGUUGGAACAAGAUUGGUCUUUUCCUUGCCAUCUUUGCUGUUCUGCGCUCGCAGCGCCCCUCGACUACCAGCGGUGGUGACUACCUACCCGCUGGUGGCAAGAAGGGCUCUGCUCUCCUCGCCGGUCUUGGCUUUGGAGGUCUUUUGUUCGCGAUCGUCUCGCUUCUGACUGACUCCAGUACCAUGAUUUCCUGGGUUUGGGAGGGAUAUCCCGUUCGUGGACCCAUCGCCGUGCCGCACGGCGCCGUCACCAUCUUCGUUAUGGGCGCUGGCCUUGUCUAUGGUAUCUUCAACCCUGCGAUAGCGGGUACCUGGACGGCCUUUGGACUUGGCUCCGUUGGUGCGGCUCUCCUGACUUAUUACCACCACUGGACUGGCUUCUACGGUGCCUUGGCCUUUGCUUUCUACAUCAUGGCUGUGUCUCCGGUUCUCAUCACUUCUUGUGUUCGGCACGGUGCUGCCAGCACAUUCGGAGUUGGUUUCCUCUUUUACGUCUUCCUCCUGCUCUUCCACGUCUGGGUUGUUGCCUAUGCCUUCGUCCCUGGUGGUCCUCUCGUGCGUGAGCGCACUGACUGGCUGAUGAUGACUACUAUGCUCGCUAUCGGUGCUGGUGUUUUCUCCGCUGCGACUACCAACUCCGCUCGCUCCUCUCGUAAGAAGCCUAUUAGCCCUAACAGCAAACGCCAGCGUUCGUACUACGUUUACGUCCUGGCAGCGCUGCAGCUGCUCUCCGUCUCUGUGGCUUACCUGCGCUUCCCCACGAACGACUACGUCCCCCACCACAAGGAAGACAAGGUUGUGACCGCCGGUAUCUGGACCGUCCACUUCGGUCUCGAUAACAACAUGUGGGCUUCUGAGCGCCGCAUGCGAGAUGUGCUGGGCGAGCUCGAGCUCGAUGUGAUUGGUUUCCUUGAGUCCGACAACCAGCGCAUCAUCAUGGGUAACAAGGAUGUCACUCAGUACAUUGCAGAGGACCUCGGCUACUAUGUUGACUUUGGCCCUGGCCCCAACAAGCACACCUGGGGCUCUGCCUUGCUGUCCAAGUUCCCCAUUGUCAACUCCACCCACCACCUUCUCCCCUCACCCGUCGGUGAGCUGGCUCCUGCCAUCCAUGCCACUCUUGACAUGUAUGGCGAGAUGAUCGACGUCGUCGUCUUCCACUCCGGUCAGGAAGAGGACCCCGAGGAUCGUCGUCUGCAGACUGAGUACCUGUCCAAGCUAAUGGGCUCGUCUCCUCGCCCCCUGAUCCUGUUGAGUUAUCUGGUCACCAAGCCGCUCGAGGGUAACUACAACACCUAUGUCAGCGACUUGAGCGGUAUGAAGGAUAUCGAUCCCACUGACUGGGACCGUUGGUGCGAGUACAUCCUCUACAAGAAGUUGAAGCGUACUGGUUACGCCCGUAUCAGCCGUGACACCAUCACCGACACUGAGAUUCAGGUCGGAAAAUUCGUCAUUGGUGAGCCCGAGUCCGAGGAGGAAGUUCGUAUCCCAGAGGAGCUUGUCCCCGUUGGCCGGCGCUUCCCUGCGCUCUUCCGCGGCGAGGGUGUUCGUGGCCACCGCUACCACGUCUUCGAUGAGCCAAGGUAUUGGCAGUAA